GCUGGGGACAGUGACACUGGGACAUGUUGGGAGCAGCGCUGGGAAGGGGACUGGUGGGGCAGGUGAGGGGAUUCAGUGCCAUGGCCAGCCAGGGGCUCAUCUUCAGGCAGUUAUUCGAACCGGUCAGCUGCACGUACACCUAUCUCCUCGCCGAUCAGAAGACCAAAGAGGCCGUCCUGAUCGACCCGGUGCUGGAAACGGCAAAUCGAGAUGCCCAACUCGUUAAAGAUCUGGGUCUGAAGAUGGUCUACGCGGCCAACACUCACUGCCAUGCGGAUCACAUUACGGGGACGGGGUUGCUGAAGAAGCUGCUUCCCGGGUGUCGGAGCGUUAUCUCCAAGGACAGCGGCGCCAUCGCCGACAUCCACAUUCAGGAGGGGGACGAAGUCAAGUUUGGGAAUUUUUUUCUGGAAGCGCGCUCCACUCCCGGUCACACCGACGGCUGCCUCACUUACGUCCUGAACGAUAAAAGUAUGGCGUUCACCGGGGACGCCCUGCUUAUCAGAGGCUGCGGACGCACAGAUUUCCAGCAGGGCUGCCCUAAUACUCUGUAUCACUCCGUGCACAGCAAGAUCUUCACCCUGCCAGACAGCUGCCUCCUGUACCCUGCGCAUGAUUAUAAAGGUCAGACUGUAACAACCGUGGAGGAAGAGAAACGUCUGAACCCUCGACUGACGAAGAGCGAGGGGGAGUUUGUGAAGAUUAUGAAUAAUUUGAAUCUGCCAAGGCCUGCACAGAUAGACAUCGCUGUGCCAGCCAACUUGAAGUGCGGCAUUCAGGAUUAGUGAUGACAUCACCGAUUCCCUGAUGACCUCGUUGAACUGGCCGGGAGAACCCACUCCUGUGCCUGCCUGACCUGUCUUGAAUUUCUAAAGCAACUGAAUUCAUCUUUGAUAUCUCUUCUUUUUUGUAACAAUAAUCGUUGACCUCAUCGUUGCGUUUUAUAAUAAUUCUGCUGGGUGCCGUAAGUCUCUUGAAUGUAGAGCGUUGGGGGAAGGGCACUUGUCGCUGUACAUAUCUGUAAAGAUUAUUUUUGAGAGUAAAAUGUUGAUUAAACCAUA